GAAACAUAAAAUAUGAUUGUUUAGAAAUGUAACGCAAAAAUUUGGAGAAAUUGGAGUUGUAUUUGUUUGUGCAGCAGCAGCAAUAACAAGAACAAGAAUUCCAUUUUCCACCACCACCUCCUUUCCGCAGAUCCCACACAAGAAGAUGGGCAUUUCCUUCAGCACCACCGCCAGAAGGAGAAGCCCCACGCACCCCUACCCCCAUCCCCACCCCCUGGAAUACUACCCCUCCUCCUACCCAAUGCAGCCUCCUCCGCCCCCUUAUCCGGCGCAUUCCCCGUCUUCGCCAUCUGUAUAUUACCCCUACUACAAUUCCAAUGGGUAUAAUGUUUGCAAUCACGCCAACCCUAUUGUGGGCCAGCCCUACUUUGGUCCCUUUGAGUUGCAACCGUCGCUGCCGCAGCCUCGGGUGCUGGCGCCGCCCUGCGGUGAGCAGAAGCAGGCGAAAGUUGUGAAUAGUGAUGUGAAUGUGCAUAAAGAUUCUUUGAGGCUUGAGAUUGAUGAGCUGAACCCGGAUCAUUACUUGGUUUCCUUUAUUUUUGAUGCUUUGCUUGAUGGAAGCAUCACAAUCUGUUACUUUGCCAAGGAAGAGGCUGACUGUAGAGUUGUUCCAUUAUUUCCUGAAACCUAUGUUCCGAUAAAAAUCCCUUUCAGAAAAGGACUUCACCAGGAAUUUCGACAACCAUCAGGGACAGGCAUUGACUUGCGUUAUUUUUCGUUGGAUGAUAUGUCAAAUCCGUCAUCCAGAUAUGAUGUGUUUCCGAUUGUAAUAUCUGCUGAUACUUGCCCAACUCCUUAUAUAGUUGAUGAUAGAAGCUAUCUUUUGCCACCUACAUUGUCCCAGAUGCAGAUAACUCAAGUAGUCGUGGGAAGAAAUCAUGAUGGACAAUUUACUGCUAAAGCAAUCAGGCAGUUGCUUUGGACAGAUGAUAUUUGCUAUGAACUGCGAGAGAUAUAUGGAUUAGGAAAAUCUGGCUCAGGUUUCAAUGACAAUGGAUCAGGGAAAGAUUGUGUGAUUUGCAUGACUGAGCCGAAAGACAUAGCUGUGCUUCCCUGCAGACAUAUGUGUAUGUGCAGUGACUGUGCAAAGGCACUGAGACUUCAGUCAAACAAGUGCCCAAUCUGCCGUGAAGUUAUUGAAGCACUCCUGGAAAUCAAGAUACACAAUAUAGAUCAUUCAAUCCAGUCUUAGACUACAGAUAGAUAUCUGAAAUGUUUCCAGUGAGGUUUCUUCUUUCCUACUACAAGAUCUUAAAACGUGUAUACUAUAUAGUCAUAGAUAUAGUUUGCCUACACCUUCAGAACAAUUUGAUUUGCUUGAAUAUGAUCUUUUUG